AUGCUCCCUAAAAUUACUUUGAUUGGCAUAGUGGUUGUUCUGACGCCUCUGUUGAUUAGAGCAGCCCCAGAGCAAGUCCACCUCUCCCUCUGCAAAGAGCCAGAUUGCAUGUCAAUUAGCUGGGUUACGACGAACAAUGAGCCUGAUCAACAACUUUGGUUUGCAAGGGACAAGAACAACCUGAGUCAUUGGAGGGCCGCUGACACAAAAAUGUGGACAUUCAGAGGAAAAACAAGAUAUAUGCAUAGGAAGAGGAUCUACAAUCUUCGUUAUGACAUGACCUACUGUAAGCUUCCACAAUAAGUCGUCAUUUUAACCCUUCUUUUCUAGACUACCAAGUUGGCAAUAAUGAGACAAAGUCAAAGAUAUUUCACUUCAAAACCUUCCCAAAAGGCGAUGAUUUCCCUUUCAAGGCAGCUGUUGUUGGAGAUCUAGGCGUCAAAGGGAAGUCAUUGCCUUAUAUGGUUAAAGCAGCGCAAGAGAAAAAGUAUCGGCUUUUUAUAUUGAUAGGUAAGUCAGCAAAAAAAUAAUUGUAAUUCUUGAAGGUGAUCUUGCCUACAAUUUGCAAACGAACCAAGGACGAAGGGGAGAUCAAUUUAUGAACAUGAUAGAACCAAUUGUCGCUUAUGUGCCCUUCAUGGUCAUUCCGGGGAAUCAUGAAGACGAUGGCGAGAACUUUGCAAACUUAAGAUACCGCUAUGAUAUGCCAAAUUGCCCGCAAAAGGACAACCAGUAUUACAGGUAGAGUUUGAAAUGAUUUGUGAUGUGUACGUUGCAGUUUCAAAGUCGGACCAGUUCAAUUUAUUGCUGUCAGCUCGGAGUAUUACGUUCUACCGCAUAAAUACGGAAGAAAGAACUUUGACGAUCAAUAUAAUUGGCUGAAGUCUGAACUGGUGGUAAGCUAAUACGUUGCCUAACAACAAGACAGCAUACGAACGAAAAUUAUGUCUUAUAUAUGUACAGGGUGACCCAAAAAAACGAUCAUCAAAUUUGUUUGUGAUAUUAUAUAUAUAUAUAUAUAUAUAUAUAUAUAUAUAUAUAUAUAUAUAUAUAUAUGGGUGCAAUCCUUUACUUUAAUCGAAUACGAAGCUUCUUUUUGCAUGACAUUCAAUUUUGAAACGCAUUUCAGAAAGCAAAUCAGAACCGCAAAGCCCAUCCAUGGCUGAUUACCUAUCAACAUCGCCCAAUUUACUGCUCGAAUCGCCCGACAAAUCGUUGCCGUAAUAAGGAAAGCUGGGCCCUUCGCUAUGGAACAAAGACUGAGCCUGGGCUGGAACCCCUUUAUAACAAACAUUCGGUCGAUAUCAACUUCAGUGGACAUCAUCACGACUAUGAACGAUACUACCCAAGAAGUGGCAGAUAUUACUCCAAGUCUCCUGCUCCCUAUUUCAACCCAUUAGCUCCAAUCUAUAUUAUUUCUGGAGCCGGUGGAGGAGCUUACGAACCUCAUACUGCCUUUGAUAGGAGCCCCAGCAAGAUGAGUGCAAAGCGAGUGACUGAUAACGGAUAUACGAUCUUGAGUGUCCACAAUAAGACCCAUAUUUAUUUGAGACAGCUAUCGGUGGAGAACGGGGAGCAUGAAGUUGAUGGAUUGUGGAUCCGAAAGGCUGUUGGUUGGGUGCCUCCUUACGGAUAA